AUGGCUGGCAAAGAUUCAAUGCCACCACCUUCUACACCAACCAAAAUUGACAUUACAUCUCACUAUUACCUUGGUCCUCAUGAUCGUCCCGAUGAUUUCAUUACGCCUACUCGUCUGAAGGGAGACAAUUAUGAUGAAUGGGUAGGAGAUAUUCAAACAACAUUAGAGGCCCGCCGAAAAUUCGUUUUUCUUGAUGGAACACUAACAUCUUAUUCUUCUCCUUGUACUUUGACAAAUUGGAAUACUAUUCAUGCUAUGUUAAUCUCAUGGAUUAUGAACACCAUUGAUCCAGAAGUAAAAAGUACACUUUCAAAAUACAAGGAUGCCAAACAUCUCUGGGAUACUUUACAAACUCGGUUUGCUACAGUCAACGGACCUCAUAUUCAGCAGAUUAAGACUUCUAUUGUCAAGUGUGAGCAAACCCCCACUAUGUCUGUCAGCACAUACUUCCGAAAGUUAACGACUUUGUGGGAAGAAUUAAACCAUCAUGAACCUUUGAUUAAUUGCUUUUAUUGUACUCACUGUACAGCAGGUGAUGCACAUGAAUAUUGUCGUGAAACUAAAAGGCUUCAUGAUUUUCUUAUGGUGAUUCAAGAGGAGCGUGUUCGGCUUGCCAAAUCAAUUUCUGUCGAGCAGCGACAUAAUGCUUUGGGUUUUGUAGUACGUACUAAGAGUCCUUCAGAAGCAUUGGAUGAUAAAGUUGAUAAGGUUGAUAAGUCUACCUUCUAUUGUACUAACUAUAAGAAAAUGGGUCAUAUGACCAAGUAUUGUUUUGAAUUAAUUGGGUAUCCUGAAUGGUGGCAAAAUAAGUCUAAGACUGGUGGUAACAGUCGAGGUAAGUACACUCAAUCAAGUGGAAAGGGGCGUGGCUCAAACCGUGUCAACGCAACAGCCAUAAGCAAUCGCCAAGGUGGUUCCACUCCUAGUCUUAUUGAAUCCUCUUCCUUUGUUUUCACCGUUGACCAAUGGAAUGCUCUUACUUGUAUAAUUGGUAACACUAUAAUUUCUGAAGAUCGUUUAACUGAUGAGUUUGCUAACCAUUUAUGGAUUAUUAACUCUGGUGCAAAUCGUCAUCUUACUUGUAAUGAUAAAUGGUUGUUUGAUAUCCAUCUAGUAUCUCAUUGUCCUGUUGUUUUGCCGAACGGUAUCACUGUAAUGGCCACCGAGGAGGGUUCCAUUCGCUUAUCCCCUUAUCUCGUUCUUUCUCAUGUGCUUUAUGUCCCUGAAUUCAACUGUAAUUUAAUUUCGGUAUCUCGUCUUAUUGACGAUAGCAAUUAUACUGUCCAAUUUAACUUAGAAGCGUGUUCUCCAGCACCUGUCGCGGAGGCUGAUUGGAACGAGUCUUCUUCUACAUUGGAGUUAUGGCACAAGCGGAUAGGUCAUUCUUCGGAACAAGUAGUGAAGCUUCUUCCUUCUACUCAUAAUUCUAAGGGUAAUUUAAAUAAAGCUUGUGAAGUUUGUUGUCGUGCUAAACGUUCUAGAGACAAAAUUUCUUUAAGUACCAAUAAGGCCUCUCGAAUUUUUGAGAAAAUCUAUUGUGAUUUUGUGGGUACCAUACACUGA